UCAGUUAAGAAGCUCACGUUAUGUGAUUUCUUUUUUGACAAAUGCUUUGGUGGCGUUAACGUGAAGGCUAUGAAAAAUCAUUCUCCCACAUUACAAAAGAACGUCAACAACACCACUUGCUUUUCUUCCAUUUCAAACUUCCUUGCUGUCACAUUGUGUUCUGGUUUUCCUUGUAGUUGCAAAGUUUGAAGCUUUUCCCCAUAACUUGUUACCCAGAUAAGUUUAUUUCUCUUCCCAAAUUCUGGGUUUUGUUUGACCUUUUCUGAAGUCUGUCUGUGAAAUGGAAUUUGUAUUCGCUCAAACAAAUAAUAAUUGAGAGAGAAGGAUACGUCUGUGUUGAAUGUUUGUGUCACUUGAACCAUUAUGGUAAGAGGACAACGCAGUCAAUUUUCACUGGCACCAUUUUGAGAUUUUGAACUUGUUCCGAUUAAAGAUUUUUUCUUCAACUUUCACAUGGGCUUCACAUAGGAGGCUAUGUUCUAUCAAUUUGGUUAUGUUGUUGUUAUGUUAUCCACCGUUUCCUUGAGUUUUGGAUGAUGCCAUGUUAAUUAUAUCUGAAGGUCUCUCAUGUUAGAUUGCCUUUAUAUUUGUUUUCUUUUUGGUAUACCUUGUUAUUGGUUUUAUUGUGUUCUUGGUUUGACUGGAAUAAAUUGAGUUGUGUUUGUGUGAGAGUGGGAAAAUGAGAAAGAAAACAAAGCAAGUAGGAGAAAUAAGAGAGGAUAGUAAAAUGGGAGAUAGCAGUCCCAAAACAUAUGAUAAUGAUACUAUGGUGUUCAUUUCCAUGUCUCAAGAAUUUAAGAAUGAGGGAAACAAGCUGUUCCAGAAGAGGGAUGUUGAAGGAGCAAUACUAAAAUAUGAGAAAGCCCUGAAGUUACUUCCGAGAAAUCAUAUUGAUGUGUCCUAUCUGCGGAGCAACAUGGCUGCAUGCUAUAUGCAAAUGGGAGUCAGUGAGUUCCCAAGGGCUAUUCAUGAAUGUGAUUUGGCUCUGGAAGUGACACCCAAAUAUAGUAAAGCACUGUUGAAGAGAGCAAGGUGCUAUGAAGCUUUAAAUAGGCUGGAUUUAGCUCUAAGAGAUGUCAGCACUGUUCUAAAGAAGGAACCAAAUAAUGUCAUGGCAUUAGAGAUCUCAGAAAAGGUGAAAAAUGCACUUGAGGAGAAAGGAUCAAGAGUUAACGAUACAAUAAUUGAGUUGCCUCCAAAUUAUGUCGAACUUCCUAGUGCUUUGACUCCAGAAAAGGUAGUGAAAGAGAAUAUGCGCAAGAAGAAGGGCUAUAAAGAGGAAAAGAAGGCUCCUAAUGACAAAAUUCUAGAAAGGAAAACCGAGGAGAAGAAGACUGAGGGCUGCAUUGUGGUUGUUGAGAAGAAGAUCAACACAUCGAAGAAGAAGAAGGCCAAGGAAAAAAAUGAUGAGAAGAAGGCUGAUAUAAAGGAAGUUAUAGAGGAAAGAAGUAAUGGUAGAAGGGAACAUGUUCCUAACAAAACAGUUAAACUUAUUUUUGGUGAUGAUAUAAGAUGUGCUGAACUGCCUAUCAAAUGUAGCCUCUUCCAGUUAAGAGAAGUUAUUCAAGAUCGAUUUUCGAGCCUAGGAGCUGUUCUUGUCAAAUACAGGGACCAAGAAGGUGAUUUAGUCACAAUCACUUCUGAUGAUGAAUUAAGAAGGGCCGAAAUAGGAUCUCAUAGUUGUAUCAGACUGUACAUCGUAGAAGCCACUCCUGAGCAGGAUCCACUUUUUGAGAAAUUUAAAGUGAAGGAGGGGGAAGUUGUUGGCCUUAACAUUGCAGUUGAGAAUGGCUGUGUGGGAAAAGCAAAUGGAAUUGCUAGCUCUUCUUGCAUUGAGGAGUGGAUAAUUCAGUUUGCCAAAUUGUUCAAGAACCAUGUUGGUUUUGAGUGUGACAGAUAUUUGGAUUUUCACGAACAUGGUAUGAAGCUCUAUUCCGAGGCUAUGGAGGAGACGGUUACAGGCGAAGAAGCACAAGGCCUAUUUGACAUGGCUAGAGAUAAGUUCCAAGAGAUGACUGCUCUUGCAUUGUUCAACUGGGGAAAUGUUCAUAUGUCUAAGGCAAGGAAAAAGAUAUAUAAAACAGAAGACUCUUCUAAAGAGCAUCUAUGCGAACUGAUCAAGAGUUCAUAUGAAUGGGCGCUGGAAGAGUAUUCAAAGGCAGAAGAAAAAUAUGAUGCAGCCAUUAAAAUUAAGUCAGAUUUUUAUGAAGGAUUUUUGGCUCUGGGGCUGCAGAAGUUUGAGCAAGCAAAACUUUUGUGGUAUUAUGCACUCAAUAGUAAUGUAGACUCAUUAACAUGGCCUUCCGCUGAGGUUCUCCAUCUUUACAACAAUGCUGAAGAAAAUAUGGAGAAAGGAAUGCAGAUAUGGGAAGAAUCUGAAAAGCAGAACUUGAGUAAAAUGUCUGAUUCAAAUUAUUCUAUAUUCGAUUUGCAGAACAUGGGGUCUGAUGGGGUUUUUAAAAGUAUGCCCUCAGAAGAACUUGCAGCACAGGAGGCACAUAUGAGGUCUCAAAUAAAUCUCCUAUGGGGUACCAUUCUGUACGAACGCUCAAUUGUGGAGUUCAAAUCAGGGCUACCUAUGUGGCAUGAAACUCUUGCGGCUUCAGUUGAGAAAUUUGAACUUGCAGGAGCUUCUCCAACAGAUAUAGCUGUAAUUUUGAAGAACCACUGUUCAAAUAAUACUGCAGUAGAUGGUCUUGCCUUCAAAAUUGAUGAAAUAGUAGAGGCAUGGAAGGAGAUGUACAAAGCUAAAAUGUGGAAGAGUGGAGUUCCAUCAUUUCGUUUGGAACCCUUAUUCAGAAGGCGAGUUUCAAAAACUUAUCAUGCCUUUGAGCUUGCAUGAGUUGAAUAUGUUUCUUCGAGUACUUGAAGAUUGACACGGUCAACAGUCACCAAGGCUGCUUCUGUGCCUGAAAUGCUAUUGUCAUCAGAAGGUAACUGGUUAAUUACUUAUAUAUGUUUAUUGGUGAAAUGAAAUAGCCAUCUAGAAGCUUUUCAUUCUUUCAACUCUAACGAUGUCUGUAACUAAAUUCAAGCAAUCCUCUGCUAUUACCCAAAAGUCAAAUUGACCGCCUUGAUACCUGUACAAUAAUUAAAUAGUUUCAAAUGCUACAAAUUCCACUUAAGUUCA